CAGGAUAAACAACAAUCACGCAUCAUGUCUGACGCAGCAGUAAAAGCACCAGCUAAGGUGGCGAAGAAGGCCAGCAAGCCCAAGGGUCCACCAGCUCAUCCAACAUACAACGCGAUGAUCAAAAGCGCUAUCGCUGCCAAUAAGGACAAAAAGGGAUCGUCAAAAGCGGCUAUAGUCAAGUACAUCAUGGCUAGCUACAAAGUCGGAAACGACGCCAAACCUGUCAAUUCCAGGGUAAAAGUGGCCUUGAAAAACGGACUUGCCAAGAAGGACUUCGUCCAAUCCAAAGGUACGGGUGCAUCUGGAUCCUUCAAGUUGGGAGAAAAGCCAAAGACUGCUAAAGUCGCGAAGAAAGCCCAGAAGCCAGCAGCCAAGAAGGUCAAGAAGCCAAAGAAGGCAGCGACAACUCCAAAAAAGGCCGCCGCUAAGAAGCCCAAGGCAGCGAAGAAAUCCAAGUCUCCAAAGAAAGCUUCAAAAUCGCCAAAAAAGGCUAAAGCUGUCGCUAAGCCCAAGGCAAAGAAGCCUGCUGCCAAGAAAGCUGUAAAGAAGGCUGCACCAAAGAAGAAGUAAACGCUUCACACUAUCGAUGUUAUUACAUCAACCCAAAAGCCCUUUUUAGGGCUACCCAAAAUCCUCAAAAGGUCUUUCAAUCGCUCGAAUCAAACGCAUUACAUAGCAGAGAGGUUUCUUUCAUAAGAAGCCAAUGCAUUUACAUCCA